AUGGCAGGAAGAGGCCGUGGACGUGCACCAGGUGAAUAUAUUAGUUUACCACCAAAUGCAGCAUCACAUGUUGAUGCUUAUUUUGAAUAUCGAGCGUAUGUAUUCAAGAUAAAAAUAUAUUAUCUAU